GUGUAUUUGUUAAAUAUUCUAACCCUACUAAUCCCUAUUCUGAUUGCUAUAGCAUUCUUAACACUAGUAGAACGUAAAAUCUUAGGCUAUAUACAAUUACGAAAAGGACCAAAUAUCGUAGGACCCUACGGCAUCUUACAACCAUUCGCAGAUGCAAUAAAACUAUUUAUCAAAGAACCCCUACGCCCCCUAGCAACAUCAACAUCCCUAUUUAUUAUUGCCCCAACACUAUCACUAACCCUAGCUUUUAGCCUAUGAAUCCCAAUACCAAUACCACACCCAUUGGUAAACCUAAAUCUAGGGAUAUUAUUCAUUCUUGCCGCAUCUAGCUUAUCAGUAUAUUCUAUCCUAUGAUCCGGAUGAGCCUCUAACUCAAAAUACUCAAUAUUUGGAGCCCUGCGAGCAGUCGCUCAAACAAUCUCCUACGAAGUUACUAUAGCAAUCAUCUUAUUAUCUGUACUUUUAAUAAACGGAUCAUUCUCCCUCCACUCAUUAAUAUUAACCCAAGAGCCACUAUGACUAAUUAUUCCAACCUGACCCUUAGGAAUAAUAUGAUAUAUUUCAACCCUAGCAGAAACAAACCGAGCUCCAUUUGACCUAACAGAAGGAGAAUCAGAACUAGUAUCAGGAUUUAAUGUAGAAUAUGCUGCAGGACCAUUUGCCCUAUUUUUCAUAGCCGAAUACACUAAUAUUAUCUUAAUAAAUGCCCUAUCAACAAUUGUAUUCCUAGGCCCAUUCAACGACCCAAACAACCCAGAAAUAUUUACAAUAAACUUUAUAAUUAAAACACUAAUACUUACUACUCUAUUUCUAUGAGUACGAGCAUCAUACCCACGAUUCCGAUACGACCAACUAAUACAUCUACUAUGAAAAAACUUCCUCCCACUAACACUAGCCCUAUGCAUAUGACAUGUCUCAAUCCCAAUCUUCAUAGCAAGCAUCCCCCCGUACACUUAG